AUGACGUUGAUGGCAGCGAAGUUUACGCCGAAAGUGCUUCUCUCCGCUCCCCGCAGAUCUGCCGGAGCUCCCAAUUGCACUGGCGAGAAGAUUCUGUAUACGGUCACAACCUACUCUUUUGAGGAGCACCGCAAGACGUCCCAGAUCCGGUACCUUGAUGCCAAGACUGGCCAGUCCACUCUUCUCUAUGAGAAUCCGGCUUACAGCGAGCCGACGUGGAUCACCGAAGACCGCUUCAUCUUUCUCAAGAAUGGCGACAAGGGCACCACCACUGUCAAGGAAAUCAAGACCUUUCGGGGUAGCAUCUCCAACCUCAAAGCCAAGCGACUAUCUGACAAGACAGUCGCCCUGGCUUGCUCCGUGCUGACCACACCGGAGGGAAAGAUGUUCGAUUCCGAGGCCGAGGAGAAGCCUCAUAGCUCAGCCAAGGUCUACACUUCCCUAUUUGUCCGCCACUGGGAUGCAUGGGUUGGUAAGAACAAGCAGGCCGUGUGGUACGGCUCCCUGGAGCUGCAGAAUGGCAAGACGGUCCUGGCCGAGCCCGGCCUGGUCAACGCGCAUCCCGGAACCGGCCUAGAGUGCCCCGUUCCGCCCUUCGGAGGCUCGGGAGACUUUGACAUCUGCGCGAGUGGCAUUGCCUUUGUUGCCAAAGAUCCGCAUAUCAACGAGGCGACACACACCAAGACGGACCUCUACUACGUGCCCCUCAAGAGCUUCACGGAGAGCAAGCCGCCCAAGCCGCAGCAGGUCAAGACGGGCAAGCUGCAGGGCUAUUCUCAGAACCCAACCUUUUCGCCUGAUGGCAAGAGUAUCGCGUUCACCAGGAUGCGCAGCAUUCAGUACGAGUCUGACAAGACACGCCUGCUCGUCAUCCCCGACGUCGAGGAUCUGAGCAACGUCCAAGAGUUCUUCGAGACCGAGGAUGGCGAAGGCGGAUGGGAUUACAAGCCUGACGGCAUCGCCUGGAGCCACGACGGGAAAGAGCUCUAUAUCACGGCCGAGUUCGAGGGCACCAAUGCGCUCUGGAAGGUGCCGAGCUCCCCGGCAGAUGCGAAAGAGCCGCCGACCAAGAUAUUGGGCGCUGGCAGUGUCACCGACUUCAAGCUCCUGAGCCCCAAGAGCCGCAAGCUCUUCGUGACGACCAGUUCUCUCGUAGACAACUCUUCGUACUCUGUUCUGGACCCUCGCGACCAAUCCCUCACCCUCAUCUCUUCCAGCUCCAAGCAGGGCAAGUCCUUUGGGCUGUCCAAGAAGCAGUGCUCCGACUUUUGGUGCAAGGGCGCCGGGGACUACAAGGUGCACGCCCUCGUCAUGAAGCCGUCCAACUUUGACGAAUCCAAGAAAUACCCGCUGGCGUUCCUCAUCCACGGAGGGCCCCAGGGCGCCUGGGGAGACAGCUGGAGCACCCGGUGGAACCCGGCCAUCUUUGCCGAGCAGGGCUACGUGGUCGUGACGCCCAACCCGACGGGCAGCAGCGGGUACGGCAUGGCGCUGCAGAACGGCAUCAAGGAGGACUGGGGCGGCAAGCCGUACAACGACCUGGUGAACUGCUUCGAGUACAUCGGCACGCACAUGCCGUACGUCGACAUGAACCGCGCUGUGGCGCUGGGCGCCUCCUAUGGCGGAUACAUGAUCAACUGGAUCCAGGGCCACCCGCUCGGCCGCAAGUUCAAGGCCCUCGUCUGCCACGACGGCGUCUUUUGCGGACUCAACCAGUACUGCUCCGAGGAGCUCUUCUUCCCCCUGCACGACUUUGGCGGCACCCUCUGGGACAACCGCGCCACGUACGAGAAAUGGGACCCGUCGCGGUUCACGGGCGAGUGGGCGACGCCGCAGUUGGUCCGUAUUCACCCUGCUCCUCCUGCUCCUGUUGCAGUAUCAUCUCUCAACGUUCUCGACCUCGACUACCGCCUGCCCAUCACCGAAGGUCUGGCGGCGUUCAACGUCCUGCAGAGCCGGGGCGUGCCGAGCAAGUUCUUGACCUUCCCGGACGAGAACCAUUGGGUGCUGAAGCCCGAGAACUCCUUGGUGUGGCAUAAGGAAGUGCUGGACUGGAUCAACCGCUAUGCUUCCGCAGAAGGGGAUGAGUGCGCGAGUGUCGUUGAGAAGACAGGCAGCAUGAAGAUAUAG